AUGGGAAAGAGUAAGAUCAGUGUUCCACUUAUUGAAUUCUUAAAGAGUAUGUGACCCAUGCAGCUACAACAAAAGUAGAAGAACCAGACGGGUGGAAAAAGAGCUUUGUUGACUAACCAGUCGUUUCUAGAUAGGAUUUAUCUCGGAGCAUACGACUAUGCGCCAGCCGACACCAAGGAUCUAGUGUAUUUCACCGUGGAGGACGCGUUGCCCUAUAAUGCGUUCCACUUGGACUUUGGUCCUCUAAACAUAAGCAACUUGUAUCGGUUUGCAGUGGUGCUUCACAAUAUCUUGAAUGAAGACGAGAACCAGGGGAAAGGAGUUGUCUUUUACAGCAGUUCUUGCCCCAAGCAGCGCGCCAAUGCCGCGUGCUUGUUAUGCUGUUACAUGAUACUAGUGCAGUCGUGGUCGCCGCACCAAGUCUUGCAGCCGAUAGCCCAAUUUGAGCCUCCCUUUUCGAGCUUCAGAGAUGCCGGGUACUCGAGUGCCGACUACGAAAUCACCAUCCAGGACAUUGUUUACGCCAUGUGGAGAGCCAAGGAAAGAGGCAUGAUCAAUUUGACGACGUUUAAUCUUGAAGAGUACGAACAGUAUGAACGAGUCGACCAAGGCGACUUCAACGUCAUAUCCAAGGAUUUUAUUGCGUUUGCAUCUCCCGUCCAGGGGAAACGAAGCUCGAGUUUGAAUGAGCCCUUCAAAAAGGUUUUGAAUUAUUUUGUCGAGAACAAUGUGCAGCUCGUGGUGAGACUAAACUCCCACUUGUACGAUGCUCGCGAGUUCACCAAGAGGAAUAUGAAACACAUUGAUAUGAUCUUUGAAGAUGGCACUUGCCCCUCGUUGGAGUACGUGCAGAAAUUCAUUGGCGCGGCAGAAUGCAUCAUCAACAAGGGCGGCAAAAUCGCCGUGCACUGCAAAGCCGGCUUGGGCCGUACCGGCUGCUUGAUUGGAGCCCAUUUGAUCUACACGCACGGAUUCACUGCAAACGAGUGCAUAGCAUACAUGCGGAUGAUCAGACCCGGGAUGGUUGUUGGGCCGCAGCAGCAUUGGCUCUACCUCAACCAGAACUAUUUCAGGGACUGGAGACACACCAUGGUGUUGGAUAACAGACCCGAUGAAUUUAUUGGUAAUUUAUAUCCCUUGUGUGCCUACGAAGAUUUCAAGCAGAGAAUGAGAGACGCCAAGAGAGCUCAAAGGGAGCAGCAGAUGCAGCUCAUGAGCCAAGUCAAUUCCUCUAUAGCCAACGACUCUUCGUUCUCGACAACGCCAAUCAGAAGACGCAAGAUCAGUGGUGCUCUUGCCACAAAGAUUCAAACGGCAGUACCCUUGGAAUCUCCAGGUCAACCUAGAAAAUACAUCGAGGAACCAGACGAAGAAGAAGAACAACAACACGGAGGAGUAGACGAAGUAGAAGAAGAGGGAGAGGGAGAAGUGCCCAGCGUUGAAAUGGCCAAUAAUUCCGAUGACGAAAACACCAUGCACGGAAUAGUGCACAGCUCCCCUGGCAGGUUCGCCGAGAGCACACCCUAUAGAAAACUGUCCGACUGGCGCGCCCUACGCUCCUUGUCGGCAAACAUCCACCAGCAGCAACACCAUUCAACUAAAACCACCGUGGUGACAACAACGAAAACAACAAGCACGGCAAUGUCAUCGUCGCCUGGACCAGGACCGUCACCAUCCAAUGGCUUGAGAGUCUCGAAAUCGAGAUCGACAAAGCCACGAAUAGAACUGGGGUCGCACCCAUCAUACUCUGGCCGUCGAGUCAACUCGGGGGGAGUCAGAAAAUUGAGCGGCAAGAAAGUAUAG